CGGGACCGCUCUCGGUGCCAGUCUCUGCCCCGCCCGGUCGGAGCCGCCGCCCCCGGCCCGGCCCGGCCUCGCCAUGUCGGCCCAGGCGCAGAUGCGGGCCCUGCUGGACCAGCUCAUGGGCACGGCCCGGGACGGUUCAGUGUAUCUUUGCCUGCCUACAUCAAUCUGCAAGGGAGUUGCAGAAAAGCCUCAUGUUCAUCGAGCCGAGAUGAAACCAGACAAAGGGUGAAGUUUACAGACGAUCGUGUUUGCAAGAGCCACCUCCUGGAUUGCUGUCCCCAUGAUAUCCUGGCUGGAACACGAAUGGACCUGGGAGAAUGUACAAAGAUCCAUGACUUGGCACUGCGAGCAGAUUAUGAGAUUGCAAGUAAAGAGAGAGACCUCUUUUUUGAGCUGGAUGCCAUGGAUCACCUGGAGUCCUUCAUUGCAGAGUGUGAUAGGAGAACAGAACUGGCCAAGAAACGCCUGGCUGAGACACAGGAAGAGAUCAGUGCUGAAGUGUCUGCAAAGGCAGAGAAAGUACACGAGCUGAAUGAAGACAUUGGAAAACUCCUAGCUAAAGCUGAACAGCUGGGAGCUGAAGGAAAUGUUGAUGAGUCUCAGAAGAUCCUGAUGGAAGUGGAGAAAGUCCGGGCAAAAAAGAAAGAGGCAGAGGAGGAAUACCGAAAUUCAAUGCCUGCAUCCAGUUUCCAGCAGCAGAAGCUGCGUGUGUGUGAAGUCUGUUCAGCAUAUCUGGGUCUCCAUGACAACGACCGGCGUCUUGCUGACCACUUUGGAGGCAAAUUACACUUGGGUUUCAUUCAGAUUCGUGAGAAACUGGAUCAGCUGAGGAAAACAGUGGCAGAAAAGCAAGAGAAGAGAAACCAGGAUCGUUUGAGACGGAGGGAGGAGAGAGAACGAGAGGAGAGGAUGGGCAGACGGUCUGGAUCAAGAAAUAGAGAUCGUCGAAGGUCACGGUCCCGGGAGAGGCGGCGAAGGCGCUCCCGGUCGGCGUCCCGGGAACGGCGGAAGUCCCGCUCUCGGUCCCGGGACCGGCACCGGCGCCACCGGAGCCGCUCCCGCAGCCACAGCCGAGGGCACCGCCGGGGCUCCAGAGACAGGAGCUCAAAACACAAAUCUUCCAGAGAUCGGUCUUCGAGAGAAAAGUCCCGAGACAGAGAGAGGAAAGACAAGAGCUCUUCUGAGAGGCGGCACGAGAGCACAAACGGCAAAUCUCGUUCCAAGAGGUCAGAAGAGAGAGAAGCUGGAGAGAUCUGAACUCAAAAACGAUCUGUGUUGCACUGUAAAUAGUCUGAUAAACAUUCUACACAAAAGCCUAAAUUUUCCCAUUUAUAUUUACUGAAUACAACUCAUCUUUUGUAGUUUGGGGUUUUUAUUGUUUGGCAGAUAGCUGUGAGUUUGUAGAGAACACAAGAGUUACGUACUGUUUAACAGGGUUUUGUUUUAGUAGGAAUAAAUAAACCUGGAUGGAUGGUUUUGAGCCCAGGCCAGUGUGGACACCCUGUGUUUGUCCUGACAGUGGUUGGGGCCAUUGCUGUGCCUGGAGCCCUGAGCUGCCCUGACCUUUGUAACGCUUCAGCCCUUCCCAAAAGCCCUCCCUGACCCUCUGUGAGCACACCAGUAGUGCUGGUCCUCACUUUAUUCUGUUUUUCCUUUUGUUUAUGUAUGUCAAAAGAAAAUCCUGAAUUUUUUUUUUAAUCCCUUUUAGCGCUUAGCCACCUCAUUUUCAUGUCUCCAGCACCUGAGUUGCCUCAGUUGUCCAGCUGAGGCAAGACAGGUAAAAUUUGGCCCUGAUUUAUUCUGAAAGCUGUGAGGGUGACCAGAUCAGCUGGAGCACGUUUCUAAAAUGGGCUCAGGUCUGAUUUUAGUCCCUUUACAGGUCAGACAGUGGGUGUGAGCAAAGCAGUGGGAGACCGAGGCUGGUUUCAUCUGGCUGUUUACUGUGCACUCUGCAGCCAGAACUUCCCCUGGGGGACUUUCUGACCUGCAGCCAAAAGCGUUGGUGUGUUCCCAAGGCCAGGGAGGCAGAAGGGGGCAGAGGUGCCUCGGCUGGAGGUGUCCCAGCGCCCGCUGAUCUGUAACCGGGUCUGUGUCCCAGGAGGGCAGGAAGGAGCCCGGCUGUGCCAGCCCUUGGUCGCCAUCCAGGGUCGGCGUUUUGUGGGAGUUGUGCGAGUGAAGCCCUUGUGUCCCGCCGAGCCGGGCGCUGCUCAUUAGCCGGGCGGGGCGGUUAAUUACGGCCGUUAAUUACCGUUCCCGGGGGGGUCCGUCGAUGCUGUGCGGGUCCGCCCAGCAUUCCCCCAUCCCUCCUCCUCCAUCCGCGGCUUCCCGGUGUCAGUCCCCUGUGCAUGCGCCCCUCCCUCCCCCCUCCCUCCCUCUCUCCCUCCGGGUCCGUUUUUACACCGAAUUCCGCGGUUUCACGUGUUGUUUUUUGUAACCUGCGCUCGCGGGGGGGGGGAGGGAGGGGGGGAAGGGAGGGGCGGGCGGCGGGCGCGCGCUCGGGGCUGCCCUGUGUACGCGCCUGUCGCUGUUCCCGCCGCGGUUCUGAGCGCAUUAAAGAUGUGUGUUUGUGGCU